AGAGAGCGCUGCAGGAGCAGCCAAGGGGUAGCAGAAGACAAGCCUGUGAGGGCCCAGCUCUGCUUCACCACGGAGGGCUUUGCUGAGGGAAGUUGUGCCUUGCGCCACCCAGUGUGGCCGGGUCUUCUCAAAGGACGACGCCCCUUUUCUCCUAACACAAAAAACCGGGAAGUUGGUGCCGACAAAGUCGAAGUCCGAGAGAAGCCCAAGGGAGGCGGAGGCGGGUUGGGGUCGCUCACUCCAGAGCUGGCUUCAGUCCUCCAGGUCCGCGGGUGCCUGUCAUCACCGACAGGAGCCGAGGCGGGACCAUGUGGCUGUUCCCUGCUCUGCUCUUCCUCCUCCUUCCAGGCUAUUCCACUGCACAGAAUGAAGUCACUGGUCCAAAGACAAAGAGUGGCCUAGAGCGGGGCUCACUGACCGUGCAGUGUAAUUAUACCUCAGGCUGGAAGUUCUACAAGAAGUACUGGUGUCGAGGAGCUGAUCGGAGGGACUGCAAAAUCCUUGUUAAAACCACUGGGUCAGAGCAGGAGGUGAAGAAGGACCGUGUGUCCAUCAGGGAUGAUCAGGAAAGGCUCAUGUUCAUGGUGACCAUGGAGGACCUCAGGAGAGAUGACGCUGACAUUUACUGGUGUGUAAUUGAGAGGUCUGGAUUUGACCCUGGGUUUCCAGUUAAUGUGACCAUUUAUCCAGGCUAUUCCACUGCAAAGAAUGAAGUCACUGGUCCAAAGACAAGGAGUGGCCCAGAGCGGGGCUCACUGACCGUGCAGUGUAAUUAUACCUCAGGCUGGAAGACCUACAAGAAGUACUGGUGUCGAGGAGCUGUUUGGAGUAGCUGCAAAACCCUUGUUAAAACCACUGGGUCAGAGCAGGAGGUGAAGAAAGACCGUGUGUCCAUCAGGGAUGAUCAGGAAAACCUCACGUUCAUGGUGACCAUGGAGGACCUCAGGAGAGAUGACACUGACAUUUACUGGUGUGCAAUUGAGAGGGUUGCAUCUGACUAUGGGUUUCCAGUUGAUGUGAGCAUUGAUCCAGCCCCAGAAAAUUCAGUGACAGCAAGGACAACCACAGUGACUUCAAUCACUGUGAAGACCGCCAGCAACCCAUCAGUGACUCGCACCACCAGCCCCCUCAAGUGGUCCUUGUUCAGCAGCACCUCCUUCCUGAUCCUGGUCUUCCUGGAGGUGCCCCUGCUGCUGGGCAUGCUCAGUGCUGUCCUCUGGGUAAACAGGCCUCAGAGAUGCCCUGGGAGGAGGCGGAGUCUGCCAGAUGAGAAUUAGUAGUAAAAAGACCCUCCAGUAGAAGAAAAAGAGCAUUUCUGUGAGGAAGCCACGUGGUCGGCAUGGCUAUGGCUCUGAGGCCACUCAGCAGCUUCGGGGAGCAGCCCCUGGUCCCUGCUUCUGCAGCUCUGACCCCUGGGAUGUCACGGAGACAGUAGGAAGUGCCAGCAGAGAAGAUGCUUCCCCCAGAGGCCCCAGUUCCUUGGAGGUCACAUGUCAUCUCAAGUGCGGUCACCUGCCACAUUGAUGGACCUUUGUUUGCAUUCCUUGGGGUGCCGGGCCCCAAGUAAUCGAGUGUUUCCACAUUGUAAACCUCAGGAUAGAGAAGGAAAGGGGCUGCCAGCCCCACCCCACCCAGCUCCGUCCCUCAGUGACUAAGUCGAUGACCGGCCCUCUCUGCGGACACUCAUGGUCUCCUCCAUUUUGAGCAGUUAGGCUGCUCUUCUUGUCUGGGAGUGGAUGGAAGAUGGGCCGCACAUUUUGGUACCCACAGCGAUGGCCCACUUGAUAAUGCGCUCUUGUUUUGGUCCUGGGGACUGAACGCAGGGUGCUUAACCUCUGAGUCACACCCCAAACCUUUUAUUUUUUACUUUGAGCCAGGGUUUCGCUAACUUGCUGAGGCUGGCUUUGAGUUUACAGUCCUCCUGCCUCGCCUCAGAAUUGCUGGGACUCCAGGCGUGUGCCACCACGCCCGGCUUGAGCCGCACAAUUGGGGACUGUGGAGGAACCACAGUGGGAUGCUGGAGCUAAAGCAGAUCCGACACCGUGGGCUUGGGGUGGCAGGAGGGGCAAGGCCACCACACAGCUGUGUAUCCUUUCAGACGCACCCAGACUAAGGUUCCACCCAAUGGCUGAAGCUUCCAGAAAGUGCUGCUGGCAAGUGGCCUUAUCAGGAGAAAAGGAGAGCCGUUUCCUUCCUGUCCAGUUCCGGCUCCUGGGCUUGUACUUCUGGGAAGGAGGCCACUAUGGAGAAGGCACAGCCGGUCAGGGGCAGGAGAAGCCAAGGGCCCUGGGCAGGAAGGACAGUGCAGGACACAGCGGGACAGAGGCUGGGACAUUGCACCUCCCUUCCCUGAAGCUGAGUGUGGGAGUCGGGGUUCUCCAGGGAAGCCCAGCAGUGUGUGGGGGGGCAUUCCAAGGAGGCUCAGUGACGUGGAGGGCGGGGCAGGCUGCAGAGCUGGGAGCUGCUGCUGCAGGUGGAGCUGGAGACGGAGGCCCAUGGGACACUCGGCUGUUUUCUCUUAAGGACUGUAACCGAUUGGACGAUUGGACAAGGCCCAUCGCAUUAUGGGGGUAAUCUGCUUGGUUCAAAGCCUACUGACUUGAUGUUAAUUUCCCCUAAAACAUACCUCACGGCCACACCCAGGUGGGUGUUGGGCCAAAUAGCUGUGCACUGUGGCCUAAGCAAGUGACACAGAUCCACCUCACACUGGCUGUCCUGGCACAUGGGGCACAGUUGGUACUUCACAGGGCCUCCGUCUCCGAAGCUCCCCUCCCCCUCCCCUGCUCACGCCCAGCCUGGUCUCCCUUGCCUGUGGCUGCCACUCGCUGCUGGCCUCCGGCUUGAGGGGUGAAUGGUGCACCCAGCCUGUGACUGAGCCCGUGCCCACUAUGGCCGGAGCAUGGAUUGGGUCCCCAGUGCCACCUGCCGGGGUCCCCAGUGUCCAGUGGGACAGAGGCUGCUGCUCCUUCAAGAAACACUAGUCCAGGUCGCCCCGUGCCCUGCUCUGGCCAGUCUCUGCACCCAGGCCAGGUCCCCGUUUACUCCGACCAUUGUUCAUUCAACAAACACUGUGUCUACUGAGUACCAGGCACUGUUCAAGUAUAAGCCCCAAAAUAGACAAAAAAAAAAAAAAAA